GUGCGCAAGACGCUGAAUGAGGAGGGUUCGGGGCGCGUGCUGGUCAUUGAUGGUGGUAGCAGCAUGCGCUGUGCGCUCAUGGGCGACCGACUGAUUGAGCACGCCUGCUGGUCAGGCAUCGUGGUGAAUGGCUGCGUGCGGGACGCGAGCGAGAUCCGCAACUUCCUCAUCGGCAUCAUGGCAUUAGACUCCCACCCGCUGAAGCCCGGCAAGGCGGAUGUGGGGCAGCGAGAUGUGCCCGUCACCGUCGGGGGCUUCGUCAUCAACCCAGGAGACUGGCUGUGUGAGUUAUUAUGA